AUGACUCCCUCAGCACUGUUCCUCGCCAUCAUCACAGUGUGGUGGCAUCUAGCCGCUACCUUCCCCUCGAGCAACCGCUACGACAAUGAAACCACCAUUUCGAUGAGCCCCCGAACUUCACAGAGCCAAGACCAGUCGAAAGUCAUCAAGGAUCCGUGUACGCGUACACCCCUGAAGCCUCAACUUUGGUCCGGAUUGCAGAUGAAUUCAUACUUGGACACUUAUUCCCUUGGAGCUACAUUGAACUUACAACAAUACGCCAGCCAUGUUGGGGCAACAGACUUCGUCGCGGGCAUUGGAGAACAUCCCAACCCUGGACAGUUGUGCGAAUCGGUGAAAGGGAAAGACUGGUAUGCACUAGUGGCUGCUCAAAAUUGGAACGCUUUCGUGAAUGACUUGUAUGACUCUGCUGGAUUUGCCUACAUAGGUCUCGCAACCACUUGGGUCAGCUCCUUUCCGGGAUGUAUGUGGAGUGCUGUGGCUCCGAUAGAAAGUGCAAUGUUUUCCUCCUGGGGGGAGAUAGCUUGGAUCUCCAUGGUCGGUUCCAUGUAUGUUUUAGCUUCCGCAGCAUUUGUGGAAUCAGUUAUGUUGAUAGGAAAUGGAGAAGAUAGAUUCACACGCGCUUCUGUGAUUGGUUGGAUGUUGGCUACUGCUCAACAUGGAGUUCAAUCAACCAUUGCCAACUUGACACAAGCAGUUAUAGAUGCUCCAAUCAGCGACAGGGCUGGCUUGGCUGGCAUCAAUCGCGACGGCGGUUUUUUGGACGAGAUACCUUCAAACUUUCAGAGUCGACUUCAGACUGAGCUUGAACUUGCAUUGAAGUUGAAAGCUCUGGCAAAACUUUGGAGAGUUCAGGAUCCAUGCACACAGGAUGGACCAAACGGUGCUUUCAGUGAUCCGGAUCGAAUAUCAUAUUGUGGCGAAGAUGGAAUUAUGAUGAACAUUGUGAGAGCAGAAAAAUAUGGAGAUGGGCUUGACCUCACAAUAUAUCACGCCUCUCUGGUCGAGGCUAAGUACGGAUACAGCCCUGAGUUUCUUACUACCUCUGCUUGGAAAUGUCAGAAGACGCAUGGUGUGUUUGAAUAUGAUGUUUGCCUUUCAAAUAACCAUACUUUAAUAUCACUCGCAGAUAUAGGAAAGCCUAGUGAUUGUUAUUUCAACUUACCUGUCUGUGAUCUUACCUCACCACUUCUACAAGAAAAACGCGCUAAACAUACCUCACUGACAAAACUAUGUCGAGAAGUGGCAGGUCUCCCAAUCUGA